AUGUCGAAGAAAAAUUUACUAAGCUAUGUUCUAGUGCAUUUCCACGAGGAAAACAAUUUCAGUGUACUACGUUUGAAGGAUGCUGUCACACCAGAAACAGAAGCCCGUUUCACGGAUGAAGUUGAUUUGUGCACGUGGGAUGCGGAAGAAGUAAUUCAUAGUAAAUACGGAGAGGACAUUUACCCAGCAAAAUUUCUACAAUUUGGAUGGAAUAAGAAAAGUAUGGAGACGACAGUAGAUCUCUUGAUUGCAGGUACUAUAUCUCCUGCAGAUGUUGAUAUCCAUCAACGAGAAGAAGUUCCCCUGAAACGAAAGAGGGACGUAGUAAAAGUUGAAUCUACUGCAACGGAUUCCGCCCGUGACUUCAAGAAAAGUGUGAAAAGGGCAAAAGCCCUAGAAGAGAAAGAGCUUCUAGGCUCUGUUAAAGAUACGAUUAAGAAGUAUAUGGAACCAGCUGAACAAUGCCAAAACUGCCCGCUAAUUCAGGGGAAAAUUGAUCUUCUUAUGAAGGAUAAUAUCGUAAAAGACAAAGAGGUGACUACUCUACAGGAUGAACUUGUCCAACUGAAAACUAAAUACAAAAUCAAGAAAAAAGAGCUAAAAGCUUUAUAAAAGUCUAUAAAAAAUGUAGACAGCACAGCUCCAGAAUUCGAGACUACAUUGACGACAGUAGGUCCAACUCUGGCAGUAGAUUCACAUAAACUGAGCUGCUGCCGGAAUACAGACUAUUCUAAAUUCACCGGCGACUUUUUGUAUGUGGUCUUUGGACCAA